AUGGCUGCUGAGGUUAGCUCCUUGAUUCGGGUCAUGGGUGGUGGCUACAAGGAGGAGCAACAUCGAACGGUGGGGAAUGAAUCACAUGGUGAGAAAUCAACGGCUCUGAUUACCCGCGACCUCCUUGGUGGGUCCUCAAUUGAAUCCCAGGAAUUGGACCUCGAUUUGCAGGUUCCUAAUGGCUGGGAGAAACGCCUCGACCUUCAGUCAGGCAGAGUGUAUCUUCAGAAGUGCAACACCACCACAAUAGGGUCUCCACCAAUGUCUGAGCACAAACUCAAUGCAAAGCCGGCAGGGCCAAAGCUUCAGGACCUAAAUUUCCCAUCUUCAUCCAAUGUGCUAUUGAACCUCUUUGAUGAAUCAAGCUUGGACCUGAAACUUGUUUCAUCUUCUUUGCCCUCAAGCAACUACCAAAGUGUUUGCACUCUAGACAAGGUGAAGUCUGCUCUGGAGAGGGCAGAGAAAGAGCCUAUUAUCAGGAAACGCAAUUCAUUCUUGAAAUCAACAAUCUCAGCAUCAUCACCCUCUUAUUCCUCAUCCUCAUCUUCAAUCAGAGAGACCACUCAAGAGGAAGAGAGUGAAGAGAAGCUGGUUUCUUCUCCUAUGGCUGCAGGAUGCCCUGGUUGCUUAUCAUAUGUGAUGAUCAUGAAGAACAAUCCUAAGUGUCCUAGGUGCAACUCUCUUGUUCCUAUUCCCUCUAUGAAGAAACCUAGGAUUGACCUCAAUAUAUCAAUCUAA